UUCCUUCAAUAAAAGCACACGCCAUCCAGGGCGACCAGUAAUGCAAGCCCGCUUCACUCGCCUGCACGCCCUCGUAUAAAAAGCAAGCUUUGCCGGCACCAUUGCAUUUACCUCUCUUCAUCUAACUUUUUCUUUUCAUUUCUCCGAAACCCAUAUCACUAUUCAACCCACAUUUUUUCCACAGCAUGUCUUCCACCGUUCUCGACCAGCUUAAGCAGUACACCACUGUCGUCGCCGAUACCGGCGACUUUGACUCCAUCGCCCAAUACAAGCCCACUGAUGCCACAACCAACCCCUCACUGAUUCUCGCCGCCUCCGGUAAGGCCCAGUACGCCCACCUUAUCGAUGAGGCCAUCGAGUGGGCCAAGACUCAGGCUUCCACCGUUGACGACCAGGUUGAAAAGGCCUUUGACAAGCUGCUUGUCAACUUUGGCUCCAAGAUAUUGGCGAUCGUUCCUGGCCGCGUCUCCACCGAGGUCGACGCGCAGUUCUCGUUUGACAAGGAUACCAACGUGCGCAAGGCACUCGAGAUCAUUGAGCUCUACAAGUCUGUCGGCAUUGACAAGGAGCGUGUCCUCAUCAAGAUUGCCUCCACCUGGGAGGGCAUCCAGGCCGCCCGCGAGCUUGAGACCAAGCACGGCAUCCACUGCAACCUGACCCUGCUCUUCUCAUUUGCCCAGGCCGUUGCCGCUGCUGAGGCCGGUGUCACCCUCAUCUCACCCUUUGUAGGUCGCAUUCUUGACUGGUACAAGGAGAGCACCGGCAAGAACUACGCUUCGCACGAAGAUCCCGGCGUUGAGAGCGUCUCGACCAUCUACAACUACUACAAGCAGCACGGCUACAACACCAUUGUCAUGGGCGCGUCGUUCCGCAACACUGGUGAGAUCAAGGAGCUUGCCGGCUGCGACUACCUGACCAUCUCGCCCCAGCUGCUUGGCGAGCUGCAGAAGGAGACAGUCGAUCUGCCUCGCAAGCUCUCGCCCGAGGUUGCCGCUUCUGCCAACGCCCUCGAGAAGGUCUCCUUCGACGAGGUCAGCUUCCGCUGGGCCCUGAACGAGGACCAGAUGGCCACUGAGAAGCUGAGCGACGGCAUCCGAAAGUUCAACGCGGACGCUGUCAAGCUGCGCAAGAUUCUGCGCGAGAAGCUCUCUGCCUAAUCAACUUUACAUUCUUAUUUUUUGUAUACGUGUCGGGUGUCAAUCGAUCAUCCCUUUUUUCUAUAAAAACAACCAAUUUGAGUCAUCAUCGUUGAAAAUCUGGUGAU